AUGACUUUCCAAUCUGGUAGAUGUAACUGCGGCUCAAUUACCGUGCAGCUACAUAGAAAUGUGGUCACAACUAUUGCCUGCCACUGUUUAAAUUGCCGUCGAGCAGGAGGAGCAUUUUCCAUAAAUUAUGUAGUCGAGGACGACAAUGUGGCAGUAAACGACCCCCAAUCCACAAUUAGUUUGUACAGAGAUGACGACACCGAAUCCGGCAACUCUGUUCAGCGCGCUUUCUGCCAAAAUUGCGGAUGCCCAAUCUUCACCAAGACACCGGCGCUUGAAGGAAGAACUAUCUUGAAGGCAUCCCUAUUCGCUGAUGUUGUUGCACAGCGCGGGAGUGAUCUAUUCUCUAACCGCAAGAUCAUUUGGGAAUAG